AUGUGUGACGACAGUGUUCAGGUGCUGGAGAGUGAGCUGAACACUCCCGCCAAGAACUGCUACCGUCUGGUGGUCCUUGGCUCCUCUAAGGUAGGCAAGACCGCCAUCGUCAGGCGCUUUCUGACGGGGCAGUUCGAGGAACAGUACACCCCGACUAUCGAAGACUUUCACCGGAAGAUAUACAAGAUCAAGGGGGAGGUAUACCGCCUGGAUAUCUUGGAUACGUCGGGAAAUAAUCCAUUCCCAGCUAUGAGCAGGCUGUCUAUACUUACAGGCGACUUUUUCCUGCUGGUCUACAGCAUCGAUAGCAUGGAGUCUUUUCAAGAAGUGCGCCGCCUACGUCAACAGAUUAUCGACACCAAAAGAAGCCGGAAAGGAACCAAGGCAGUUCCCAUGGUGAUAGCGGGAAACAAGACCGACAAGAACGACAUCCGGGAGGUCACACUAGACGAGGUCAAGAGGGCUUUCUCUUCCGGUCGACGGGUCACGUGCCACGAGUUAUCCGCUCUGAAUAACUGUAACAUUGACGGUGUUUUUCGCACACUUUUUGAAAAUGCCCGAAUGCCCAGUGAGAUGACGCCAUCUAUGCACAGGAAGGUGACGGCUGCGACCUCCACCAAUCUGAACAGUGGGACGAGCCCGAGGGGCUUGUCACUACGCAGGCGCAUCAGUGACGCAUGCGGAGUGAUAUCGCCGAAUGCAAGGCGACCGAGUCUGCGCAGUGACCUCAUGCAGGUCAGGACCAAUGUGCUACGCGAGGAGCAUCACCAUAACGACGAUGAGUACGAAGACGAGGCUGAAGGGGAGGACACUGCUUCCGGUGGCAGCACAAAGAAACGCGCAUGCGUGAUCCAGUGACGUCACACCCCAACCAAUGUGAAAUGACAAUAUUAUUUUGCAAAGACAUUUUUUCGAAGCCUUAUUAAGUUGUAAUGUAACAUUUGUUCAAUAUAAUAGAAAACGCGUGGUCACUGUUUACCACCAAAAAGAGGAAUUUUUAUGAGGUUGAAUUAAGUAGGCCAAAGACCAAGCGAUAUAUUGCACGAUGCCGUGGUGUGAA